AUUCUGUAUUAUCGACGCGGACUUCAGCGCCAUCUGCGUCCAUCCACAAAAAUAAAAAAGAACAGCAUCUUGCCUGAUACUGGAAUAACAAGGUCAACAACACAUGAAUGGCAAAUGAAAAGAAAUUGGUGAAAUAGUUUCGUUUUAAAGUUAAAAUGAUGUGAAUGUUUCGUAAAGAUGUAUUCCCCAUCGGAUUCGAUCAAGGUCUAAUUCAUUGCUUAAAAUGUUUCUACCAACAUAAUCAACAUGUACCCUCCCAGUGGAUGCUGAAAUCAAGUUGCUUUAACCAUGUCAGAAUUGGACUUGAUAACUUCAGAAAACAGUGCCACUUCUAACGAGGGUAGCUCAAUGUAUCCUCAAGAUGAUUCUACCAGGUCUCAAGAUUCGAUGGAUGUUAAUGGCGGAGUAAAAUUAAACUGUGACUAUUUACCAAACAAUAAUAUGUGCGACGAUGUGGUUUCUUCAGUUUGUGCUUCAAGUGAAAUAUGUGGUGGCGGUUUGCUGCAAGGUGUAUUAUCUCCUUCGUCUAGUGCUGCAAACAUGGACUCCAGUCUGGAAUCUCAGGAUUCUCAAGACGAUGGAAAAUCACCUGCCACAAAUAUUUCUGAUACUAAGACAGCAGACUCUUUAGAAUCAGAACAAUCGGUGUCUGACACCGAGAUUAGAAGUUCCUUGAGGUUGAGGAAUACGACUGUUAAAAAUUACACAAAUGGUGUAAUGGAUGAUCUGGACGAUGAUUUACCAGAAAAGACUAAUCACAAGGUGUCAAAAAACAAAAAGAAAACCUCGACACCUGGUAGAGGUAGGCCGAGGAAAGCUCUUGUUCCGAUGUAUCAUAGUCAAAUAAGCGGUGACAAGAACACCAUCAAAAUAAGGAUUAAGAAGAGCAGCAUUACGGAGCAAGAGCAAAUGACUCCGAGCAAGAAGAAGAGUGGCAGACGAAAAAGGCAUAAGGUAAAAUCAGAUACUGAUGCAAGUGACUACGAAUGUACCAAAAAGAAAUCUCGAUCAUCUGCCAACAAUGAUGAUUUUGUUUCGAGCAGUCAAAGUGACGAAAUAGAAGACAGUGGUUGGGGAAGCAAAUUACCAGAGUCUGUCUUAUUUAGAAUUUUUCAAUAUUGCUCUGGGCAAGAUGGAGCCCUUCCGAUAUUGCUCAGGUUAACUCGAGUUUGUAAACUUUGGAAAAAGGUUGCACUUGAUCCCAAUCUGUGGAUCAAAGUAGAUCUCAAUUUUGUCAGAGAAAAGGCCAGAACAGAACUGAGGCUGCACUGGCUAAUUGACAGUCGACUCACGUAUUGCCAAGAUUUGACUCUGGGCGAAUGGAAAAUAAGGAACAUUCAGUCUGCCUUAGAAGCGUUGUGCGAAGGCUGCUUGGACCUUAGAGGUUUAAACAUGAGCGGUUGGCAAGGAGUCAGCGCUGAAAACUUGAAGUACAUAAUCACUGAAUGUAAAAAGUUGGAAAGGUUGGACCUUUCUUGUAUUAAUUCAACAUCAGCCCUCAACGCUCAGUUGUUCGUUGCCUUGGGUCAAGCCAUGAAUACCAGACUAACGCAUUUGGUCUUAGCACACAAUAAAAUGGCCAGUUUUACCCAAAUCGUCGCAUCUAUUGCUACAUAUUGUAGCAAUCUUCGAUUGUUGGACAUAUCCAACAUAAAGACAUACGCUCACAACACGGCCCUCUUGCACAUAGAGAAGCUGCAGAUAGGUUGUCCGAAACUCAGAAUACUGAGAAUAACCAAUAGUCAGAUUUGGUUGGCUCCCGCUUCUAUAACCGAUCAGGUUCAAUCUCCGGGAUUUCCAGAUCUGGAGGAACUUUCAUUGGCUGGGGUCGAAGAUGAUAAGACUACUACUUCGAGGUGUGCGGAUGACGAUGCAAUCAACAGAAUAUUGAAAUGCAGUACCAAGCUUCGUUUACUCGACAUCAGGGGAUGUACGAAGCUUACAGAUUCUGGAAUCGUUAGGAUACCAGCAUGGGAUUUAGAGCAUCUUUUUCUGAGUGGUUGUCAGAUCACAAGAUCCCAGAACUCCGGCCUUGAACUCAUCGUACAGAAAUGGGCUCACAGCCUGUUAGAAGUCGAUCUAGCCUGGUCCACAGCAACAGAAUCCUUAGACGCAGCCGUUAAAGCUUUGGCUGAAGAGGGCUCCAAGUCAAGAAUGAGCGUUUUGAAUCUCUGUGGCUCUUCUGUGAGUUUAGAGCCGGUCAAGGCGGUCCUUUCUGGCUGUCCUAAACUCCAUUCCAUCAAUCUGCAAUCGUGCCGAGCCCUACCGAGAGGUAUAAAACGUUUAUACACAGGCAAUGCUGUUGAGGAACUGAAACAAAGCUUACAAGACAAGCCAAAGACUGAUGAUGGAGAUGGGGAAGAAGAGGAGAGAUCACCUUCUUAUAAACCCUCAUCUACACCGCCAGAUUGAUUGUUGAGAUCAAGGGAGAAGAUUUAAGGAUCAGAACGAGGAAUGUUAGUUAUGGGUCGGUUUGAAGUGAGGUCUUGUGGAAAAAUUUUUCUAAAGGUAUUUACAUGUAUAACGAGUUAUAUUCGAGGAAUACCUUUAUAAAAAUAGACAGUUAUGGCGUUUAGGCUGAAGAAUUGGAAGUUUUCUCAAGGGAAUCAUUAUCAAGUUAACAGAGUCAAUUUGACACAUGUCAUCUGUCAAAUAUAUGCCAUUUCUAACCCCAAUGUUUUGUCAAUUAUAAUCAAAAUGGACUGAAUGAUUAGUGUGCAACUUGUGGAGGUCCUGAAAGUUGACUAUUUUAAAAUAAAAUUGUCUAUUAAUCAGAUUCGAAUAGAUACACUUUAAAAUUGUAAAUAUUUCGACAUUUUCCUUGACAGAUUCUAAUUCUUCAGAAUAUUGGCUGUGAAAACUUGUAGCGACCCAUAAAAAUAAUAUUAAGUGAUUUAUAAUGCAUGAUUCAAACUCAAGUGAAAUUUAUCUUGAAAAUUUUUAGUAACAAGGAUCUUUUUAUCAAAUUUACAUUAUUUUCACAUUACGAGGAAAAAAAAUUAUGUAUUGACGAUCCUUUGAAUUUUUUUUACAUUUUAGAAUAAAAUUUGUUCAAUCUUUCGACCUGAAUUCGUUCGUUUCGAAGUUUUUGAGAAUCUCACGAUCUCCAACUCUGUUGAACUGUUUGACCGUGGAAGCCUUCAGCGUAAUAUGUUAGAAUUGUUGACAAAUAAUAUUCAAUCAUCAAUUUGAUCUUGAAACAUGCAAAAUAUUGUACAGUACCUGUCUUAGUGAAAGAAAUAUUUAACAAACACCAAGUAUAAAGAAAUUUUAUUGAAAGCUUAUUGUUUUAAGGAAAUUUGUAUAUAUUAUGAGGGAUAGUGGCACUUGUGGGUCUUAUAUCUGAUAAGUUGUUUCAUUAUUUUUUGUUUAUUCUAAGUGCUUAUUUUUCGCUCUUGGUUGGCAACAGGAAAAAAAUUGCAAUAGGGUAUGAAAAAUAAGGUUACAGAAUUUCAGGUUAUUGGUUUUUUAAUUUCGUUUUAUCGUAAUUGAUUUAUGGAGAACACUUUUGUUGCCGAUCCUUUAGAGUGGUUUUUAUGCUUAUUAUUCAUUCUCGAAUUGUCUUAAUUUUAUUUUUGAUUCAUGUUUGUUCUAAGCGAUUCUAUUUUCUUGAGUUGAAUAAAGGUAGGAGAUUAAGAAAUACCUUGACGACAGCUCGACUGUAAUGAAAAAUGAACCAGUGCUAAGAACCUGAACUAUUCCCCAUUUUCUGUUGAACAGUGUAUUUACUCUUUUUAUUCGCUUCUAAGAAGAAUAAGGUGGGCAACUUGAAAACAUAAUUUAUUUUUAUAAUUUGAAAGGAACGUUUUUAGAAUUUUGAGCCUAUGUAAUUGUGGUAGAUCUUAUUGUAAUUUGUGUUUAUUCAGUCGACUCAUAUCUUCUAACAUAUUGUUUUUCCUUCAAUUGCAUCUUGGCACUCAAUAUCUGUACUAAUGUAUAAUAUUUAUAAAUAUAUUGAUAGGUUGAA